AUGAACAAUAUUCGCGCUAUAGAGGCUCUCAACCAGCGUGAACUCGAAGCCGGUGUCCCACUUUCUGCAUCAUGGCACACAGAUUGGUCAGAUACCGCAUACGUCUUCAUCGGUGGCCUUCCAUACGAACUUAGUGAAGGAGACAUUAUCACCAUAUUUUCCCAAUUUGGUGAGCCUGUACAUGUCAACCUUGUUCGUGAUAAGGACACCGGUAAGAGUAAAGGCUUUGCUUUUUUGAAAUACGAGGACCAGAGAAGCACCAAUUUGGCAGUGGACAACCUCGGCGGUGCCACAAUCUUAGGAAGAAUAAUCAGGGUCGACCAUACCCGAUACAAACCAAAGGAAGGGGAGGUGGUUGAUGAAAAUUCCCAUGCGAACGCUGGGACCAAGGCUAAGAAUGAAGACGACCAAGUACGACCUGUAAAAAGAAGAAGAGGCGAUGGUAGCUCCGAAGAUGAAAGUGGCCGGAGAACAAAGGCACCUUCACGAGAGAUUCUGAAAGAAGAGUUGGAGUUGCAGAAGUUGAUUCGAGAGCACGACGAGGACGAUCCAAUGAAAGAAUACCUGAUUCGCGAGAAGAAAGAGGAAGUCCAGAAGGCACUCGAGAAACUAAAAAUGGUCAAGAAAUCGUCAAAACAUAGACACCAUAGUGGAAGGGGCAGCAAGAACGAACACCGGCACCGAUCACAUCGACAUAGGAGCCGGUCUAGAGAGCCUUCCAGGCGCCAUAGGUCUCGGUCAGCAGAUCGCCGACAUUCUACGAAAGCAAUUGAGGAGACCCGUCGUCCACGGGACAAUGUUAGGGAGGCACAUCGAGAUCGGGUUGGUGAUAAGGAUCGAGUCAGAGACAGAGAUUUACGAAGGGAACGGGGUGAUGAUAGGGAAGGAGGGGGUAUCAGAGACGGGCAUAAAGAGAGGGAGCGAGGACAAGGAAAAGAUAUAAAUGAAGAGAAGGGUAGAAUCCGCCAUCAAGAUCGAGAAAGAACAGAGAUUACUCGGAAGGAGAGAUAUGGGGAUGACAGGUGA